AUGGUGCCUCCCCCUCCCACCAACCAGCCCCAUGUCUGCCUGUCCACCCUGCUGAUCAUGAGCAGUAUGGCCCUGAUCGAUGCCUAUCUGGUGGAACAGAACCACGGGCCCAGGAAGAUAGGUAUCUGUAUCAUGGUGAUGGUAGGGGACCUGUGCUUCCUCAUCGUGUUGCGGUACGUGGCGGUUUGGGUCGGGGCUGAGGUGCGGACCGCCAAGCGAGGUUACGCCAUGAUACUCUGGUUCCUCUAUAUCUUUGUCCUGGAGAUCAAGGUGUACUUUGUGUACCAGAACUACAAGGCUGACAGGAAGUCUCUGGAUGCUAUGGCCCGCAAGGCCCUGACCCUACUCCUCUCAGUCUGUGUCCCAGUGCUGUUUGUAGGUCUAGUGGCCAUAGACCAUAUGGAGUACGUACAGCCGUUCAAGAAGAAAGAGGAGCUCCGUAACAGGUUGUUCUGGGUCGUGGUGGACCUGCUAGAUAUCCUGGAUAUUCAGGCUAAUCUCUGGGAACCCCUGAAGAAAGGUCUCCCUCUGUGGGCCGAAGGACUUAUGUUCUUCUACUGUUACAUCAUGUUGCUAGUCCUUCCCUGUGUCUCUCUUAGUGAGAUCUCCAUGCAGGGCAUCAAUAUAGUCCCACACAAGAUGAUGCUAUAUCCUAUCCUCAGCCUGGUCACCAUUAAUAUUUUAACCUUGUUGAUCAGAGGCUGUAACAUGCUGCUGUAUAGGGAUGCCCGGGUCAGUGGGAUCCUGAUAGGGAAGAAUGUGUUAGCUAUCAUACUAAAGGCCUGUAGCUUCAUCCAGUACAGGAGGCAGUUACAGAACACUCCUCCUGCCUUCGGGUUGGAACGACAGAGGAACUCUGUACCACAUCACCAUGGUAACCAGGGUCUUGGACGCCCUGUUUCUAUUGUGAUGACCGCUCACCCGCAGGUGGGCCUCCCGGACCAGACAGCCCUGCCCCUCCCUACAGGUGGGCCUCCCGGACCAGACAGCCCUGCCCCUCCCUACAGGUGGGCCUCCCGGACCAGACAGCCCUGCCCCUCCCUCUGCCAGAGGUCACAACUACAUGUCAACAUACAUGACUGA